CAUCAUGUCUUCUCACUGAUAGGCGGGACUGAGAGGGGGCUUCCAGUCCCCUUGGACCUCCGGGGGCUUUAUUCUAAGAGUCACUGGCGCGUGGCUGAGCCUUUCUUUCCCGUUUGUAGGUGAAACCCCAGUGGCUUCAUUGGCUCCUUGAUUUAAACCACGCCCGGCUUUCUGCCCGCUUUGCUGCUGCUGGGCCAGGCGGCCCAGCCCCAGCCCAGCCCUAGCCCAGCCCGUUUGCGGGGAGCCCGGGCUGCUGCUGCUAUUGUGUGGAUGCCGCGCGUGUCCUCUCUUCUCUUCCAGAGAUGGCUAACAGGGGCCCGAGCUACGGCUUAAGCCGAGAGGUGCAGGAGAAGAUUGAGCAGAAGUAUGACGCAGACCUGGAGAACAAACUGGUGGACUGGAUCAUCCUGCAGUGCGCGGAGGACAUAGAGCACCCACCCCCCGGCAGGACCCAUUUUCAGAAAUGGUUAAUGGACGGGACGGUCUUGUGUAAGCUGAUAAACAGUUUAUACCCUCCUGGACAAGAACCCAUUCCCAAGAUCUCAGAGUCAAAGAUGGCUUUUAAGCAGAUGGAACAAAUCUCCCAGUUCCUAAAAGCUGCAGAGAUCUAUGGUGUCAGGACCACUGACAUUUUUCAGACUGUGGAUCUGUGGGAAGGGAAGGACAUGGCGGCCGUGCAGAGGACCCUGAUGGCUCUGGGCAGCGUUGCAGUCACCAAGGAUGAUGGCUGCUACCGGGGAGAGCCAUCUUGGUUUCACAGGAAAGCCCAGCAGAAUCGGAGAGGAUUUUCAGAGGAGCAGCUUCGCCAGGGACAGAACGUCAUCGGCCUGCAGAUGGGCAGCAACAAGGGAGCCUCCCAGGCAGGCAUGACUGGGUACGGGAUGCCCAGGCAGAUCAUGUGAGACCCUGCCUCCCACCCCCCGUAGAGAGGAUGAAUGAUCCACACCACGGUCUAUAUGGUAAAGAAAUAGUUAGUCACCUCUGACCUUCUCUUCUCAAAGCCUCCUGUCCUUGGUUUUUGCAAGUGCCGCAUUUCUGCUGCGAAUCCACGUUGCCUACUGCUGCCACCUUCUGUUCAUUUAGAACUAUGCAAAGACUCCGCUUCCUCCCUCUUCCUGAGCUCCUUUGCCCUAAAAGCCUUUAUCAGUCUGAUUAUUUAUUUAUUUAUUUAUUUGCCAAAAAAUCUCCCUCCUCAACUUACAGAACGCACCUAAUAAAAAAAUUAGUCUUGUGUCUUAA